AUGUUUGUCAGGACGCGCCUUGUACUGCAACUUCUCGUGUCCGCCAUCGUCAGCGCGGCUCCAUUUAAGGAUAAAAGCGUCACUCCUACUCCACCAACAGAGGAUCCCUUCUACCAAUUCUCUGACGGUAUUGAUCACUAUGCCCCUGGGGCUAUUCUAAGAUCGAGACCACCACCGUCGCCCAUAGCUGCUUUUGGCGUUUCGCCUGUCAAUCUCAAGAAAGCCCAUCAAAUACUCUACAAGACAACCAACACUUUCAACCAGUCCAUCGCCACUGUACUCACUGUGUUGGUUCCUCACGAUGCCGAUUUCAACAAGGUUCUCUCCUAUCAAGUAGCUGAAGACGCGGCGUUCGCCAACUGUGGCCCUUCAUAUGCUCUUCAGCUUGCUUCUGCUACCAGUGGUCCUCUUGGGACCAUCAUUACACAAGCCGAACUUCUCUUGAUGGAGGCAGCUCUUGAACAGGGUUGGGUCGUCGUGGUUCCAGACCAUGAAGGGCCGCGUGGGGCAUUUUUAGCGAACAAGCUCGCUGGGCACGCGGUUCUCGACGGGCUGCGGGCUGCAACUGGAUCCGGUGAGCUUACUGGAAUCCGACCUGACGCGAAUCUCGCGCUAUGGGGCUACUCCGGUGGCAGUGUUGCAUCCUCAUUUGCCGCAGAAAUGCAGUCAUCUUAUGCGCCAGAGUUGAACAUUGUUGGCGCUGCAAUUGGUGGAACAGUUCCCUUUAUCCGCAAGGCCCUCGGGGUUUUAAACAAAGGUCCCGCCGCUGGCCUUAUUCCACCGGGCAUCUUGGGACUCUGUCAUGAGUAUCCAGAGCUUGCAAAAACCGUCGACCAACAUAUCCUGCCGCAAUAUCGAGACAGCUUCUAUAAAGCUGAAAAGCAGUGCUUUGGGGCUGACGCACUUGCGUUUCCUUUCAUAGAUGUUUUCGCGAUCACGGAUGACCCCAGUAUAUACGACACCGAACCGGCUCUGAGCAUCCUCAACGAAAAUUCUUUGGGCAACGCAACACCGACGAUUCCUCUCUUCAUAUAUAAAUCUAUACUGGAUGAAACAAGUCUCGUCGAGGACACAGACCAGAUCGUCAAGAGCUACUGCUCAAAGGGUGUUUCGAUUACUUACCAAAGAGACCUUGCUUCUGAACACGGUAUUCUCGCCGUCACAGGCGCUCCGGAUGCUUUGUUGUGGCUUCGGGCUGCGUUGGAUGGAAAUAAGCCCAGAGUGGGCUGCAACACUAAGUCGGUGAUCUCUUCACUUCUAGAUCCCAAAGCCGGCGAGGUGCUAUCUGCUGUCCUUCUAGGAGCCCUGUUGGACUUGAUUGGGAAACCAGUGGGGCCUGUCUUUUUUGGCUGA